AUGGCCUCCACAGACUUUCCUCCCAUGCGACCUCCCCAGAGGACGCUCUUCAACGAUAUCGAGGAAGAGAUUGAAAAUCCCGAUGAGAUUGUCACCGCUGCGCCGGCCGAACAGUUUCGGUUGGGUUAUCUCGAUGUCACUUGUUUGAUUCUCAAUCGUAUUAUUGGCACCGGAAUCUUCAAUAGCCCAAAUCGUGUGGUCGUCGGCACUAACAACACCGGCGCUUCGCUUUUCUUCUGGUUCGCCGGCAUCUUAUACGGCCUCUCGGGCGCUCAUGUCUACGUCGAGUACGGGCUCAACGUGCCCCGCUAUGUUAUCGACGGCAUCGAGCAAACCGUCCCUCGCAGCGGUGGUGACCUCCAUUACCUCCAAUACGUCUACCGCAAACCCCGCUACAAAAAGGACACAGUCCUCUUCUUUGCCUGCCUCUACGGCAUAUCCUUCAUCUGCCUCGGCAACAUGGCCGGCAACUCCAUCUCCUUCGCCGUGCGUGCCCUCCAAGCGACCCACCCUGGCACGGCACCCGAGGACUUUAGCCCCGGAGCAGUCCGCGGCAUCGCCAUCGCCGUGGCCACCGCCACAUGUUUCAUCCAUGCCAUCUCGCGCCGCGGCGGCAUCCUUUUGAACAACGUGCUCGCCAUCGUCAAGGUUGGUAUCCUACUCCUGAUCAUCGCCACGGCCAUCGCCGUCGCUGCAGGAGGGCUCCACGAUGAGACGGGGGCCGUGGUGCCGAACUAUAUCGGGCAUAAUACGGCGAGGGACAGCUCUUUUAGGUAUAUUUCGGAUGAGGCGAGUGGGGAGGCGAAUGGGUAUGCGCAGGCGUUUUUGUCUAUUGUUUUCGCGUUCUCGGGGUUUGACCAGCCGAAUUAUGUUCUCGGCGAGAUUAAACGUCCUCGAAGGACUUUCCCCCUCGGCAUGAUGACUGGAAUCUCCAUCAUCUCCGUACUCUACAUGGCCGUCAACAUCUGCUAUAUGGUCGUCGUCCCCAAAGAAGCCCAAAUCCAAGGCAACGUCGCCCAGCAAUUCUUCCAACGCACCUUCGGCGUCCUCGGUAACAGCGAAACCGGCGAGCGCGUCCUCAACGCCUUCCUCGCCAUCUCAUCCCUGGGCAACAUCAUCGUCAUGACCUACACGGCCUCGCGCAUGAAGCAAGAAAUCGCCAAGGAGGGCUUCCUCCCCUUUGCCAAGUUCUUCGCCCAGGACCGCGACUAUAGCUUGGGCCGUCUGCUGAGAUGGUUCCAGGCCCGGGGGUGGUUCAGGAGUAUCCUGCGCCACAAAUGGUUCUCCCCGGAAGCCCACUCGGAAAAGACCCCCGUGGGAGCUCUCUUCCUGCACUUCCUCUCGUGCAUGGUCCUCAUAGGAGCCACGUCCCGUCUUCGGCCGGACGACUCGUACAACACUCUCUCGAGCGCAUCCGCCUACCUCUUCCCCGCCUUCUUCGGCUUCCUCCUCGCCCUAGGCAUCCUCAUCCUCCGCUUCGGAACCCCUCCGGCCACAUCAACGGUGAACACGCCGCACCACCCAUCCGUUCCAGGGACGCAAGGCAGCGGCAAAAGGACGUGGACGGAAAUGACGCGCGGCUCAGUGAACCCCACGCUCAGCGUGGUCUGCGCCGUGAUCUACCUCCUCGGCAACGCCUACCCCAUCAUCACGAGCUGGGUGCCCCCGUCGGCUCGGUUCGGGCGCUCGACGGUGGCGUGGUUCGUGGUGCCGACGAUUUCGUGCGGCGUGCUUGGGUUCGCGUCGCUUUGGUUCCUGGGGUUCCUUGCGAGGGCGAAGAGGAGAGAGCAUAGGAGGCAUCAAGAGUUUGUGGUGGAAAGGUAUCCCGAGUUUGAGUAUGCUGAGGGCGAUGAUGGAGGGGUUGUCGGUGGAGGGGAGGAUGGGGAGGAAGUGAGACGGAAGGCUGGGGGGCUGGUGCUUGUGCAUGAGACGGUUUCGUUGUUGUGGAAGGGGAGGGAUACUAUUGAGUUGGGGAGGAUGAUGGCGGAGGCGAAUGGGCAUGGAGGUGGAAUUGAUAAGGAGAGUGCGACGGCGUUUGUGAAUAGGAAUCCGUUUGCUGGGACGGAUUUCGAGGGGAUGGGGAGGUGA